UCUGCUCUGCCAUUCUUCGCACGCCGCACCCACCGCCGUCACACCACCACCCCCCCUUCCGCGGGCUCGCUCCGUCCAUCCGUCCCACGUCCCCCCUCACCCUCCGCCUCCGCGGCCGCAUUGCCGACGGAAACCCUCCCCUGCCUCGACCACGCCGCCAGGCCACUCCAUCCGCAGGCUCCGUCGCCGUCUCCGGCGGCAAAGAAAGUUGCUGUCACAAGAAUGGGACGCAAAAGUGACCUGGCUGACCAGCUACAGGAGGAUGGCAUGAGUGCUGUCUCUGCUGAAUAUGAAGAAGGCACUGAAGAAGAAGAGCCAUUUGAACGUGAAUUCUAUGAUGAUGAUGAUGAUGAUGAUGACGACGACAAUGAUAGUGAGCCAGAAACACAGGCUGUGGAUUCUUGUGAAGAUCCUUUGGCAGAAGAGGAAGAGGUUAGUGGUGAGGAACCUUGCGAUGUUGUGGCUCCACUUGAAGACGAGGAUGCCAGUUACGAGGAACCUUUUGUUUCAGAACUCUGUUAUGAGGAAGAAGACAGUGACGUGCAGGACUCGUAUUAUCCGGAGCCUCUCACUGAUUCAUACAGGAAGCAGCUCUAUGAAGUGGAGCCAUGUGAUGAUCAAGUGGCUCAUGAGUACGAAUUUGUGAAGAAGAAGUCCAGUACCGUGCAGACUUUCCAGAAGGAACAAAAUAAGAGAGAGGUCCUAAAGCGGGCACUGAGAAAGGGCAGCAACAAUGAGCACAAGGCGGUACCAGUGGUUGAUGGUAUGGAAAUGAAGCCGUUGAAGAAACAAUUGUCUGUCAGGUUUGCUACUGAUGUAUCUUGUUACACAUACAGUACUGAAUGUUUUGGUGCUGCCAAGUUGGAGAAAAGGAAAGCUCAGUUUGAUGACCAGGAUAGCCACUUGCGUAAGAGGCAAGAACACAUGCUCUCCUCGCUUAAGGAUGGUAGCAAGCUGAAAGAAGUGGAUGACACUAACCUGUAUGUGGGUAACCUCCCAGCUUCUGUGUCUUCUCACAAGCUCAUCGAGCUAUUUCUACCUUUCGGACGAAUUGUCCGAUCAAAAGUGGCAGAUGAUCGUUUCACUGGUGUAAGCCAGGGAUAUGGCUUUGUCAAGUAUGCUGAACCUCGUAGUGCCACAACAGCUAUUGAACGCAUGAAUGGACGCCUGGUUGAUGGGAAAGCAUUAGAGGUUAGAGUAGCUGGGCCUCCAACAUCAGUAUCCAAUCCAUCCAAGCAAUCUGUGUCAGAAACUUGCAGUCUGCCCUCUAAGGAAAUGGACGCGAGUAACUUGUUUGUCAGCCACCUCCCCUUAUCGAUGGACACGCUAAAGCUACUCAACCAUUUUCGGCCGUUUGGGAAAGUAACUGAGAUAAAGGUACCCAAAGAUCACACCACAGGUUUAAGCAAAGGAUAUGGUCAUGUGAAGUAUGCUGAUUCUCGUGAUGCAGCUCAGGCCAUCAUCCAUUUGAAUGGAGUUCUUGUUGAGGGUAAAAGGAUAGAGGUUCGGUUGUCUGACAUCUCUUCAACACUGUCAAAUUCAGCUGUGGGAUCACACACCAAUACCAGAACAAUCAAGGAAAUCGACAUGGCAAAUCUAUAUGUCUGCAACAUUCCUGCAUCCAUUGAUACAAAUAAGCUGAUUGAGCUUUUCUUGCCAUUUGGUAAGAUCACCCAUGCGAGGGUGGCGGCAGACCAAGAAGGCGCUCAUUCCGGUAAAGGAUAUGGCUUCGUCAAAUUUGCUGAUUCUCAAUGUGCUGCCGAGGCUAUUGCACUAAUGAAUGGAGCACUGGUUGAAGGGGAGACACUAACUGUCAGAGUUGCAGGCCUUUCAUCAUCAGCAUCCAGUUCAACUGUACAAGGCUCACCAAUUGCCUCUCCAGAAAUCAACAAAUCUAGACUGUACAUCACUAACCUUCCACAGACCAUGAACGCAGAUAAGCUGGUUGAACUUUUCGCGCCCUUCGGUCGGAUCAGCAAAGUCGUGAUCAAUCCGGAGUAUAGCCUAGUGUUCUAUGCAGAUGUAGCGUCAGCGAUCACGGCUGCCGAACGCAUGGAUGGGUACCUGAUUGGUGGAAAGAGGCUAGUUGUCAGGGGAUCAGACUCUUGUCAAACCAAUGCAGCAGAGCAAGCUUUAUCACAGCCAGCUGGCAAGCCCAUGAAAGAAAUUGAUAUGGCGAAUGUGUAUGUUGGCAGCAUCCCGCCAACGGUAACCGGCGAUCAGUUGGUCGAGCUUUUCCGACCUUUUGGACAAAUUGUGCAAUCUAGGCUGUUUCAUGGGUAUGGCAUGGUUAGGUACAGCUACCCUUCAUGUGCUACUGCUGCAAUUGAUCAUAUGGAUGGUUACCAAAUUGGAGGACGUACCCUGGUUGUGAGAGUAGCAGGCCUUCCUAAUCCCGGGGAUUGUCUAACACUACCGGAGCCUGGAAACGAGCAGAGGCAAAUUGACAUGACCAACCUAUAUGUCUGCCAUCUCCCGCUCCAUGUUACCACCGAAAAGCUGAUUGAAAUCUUUCUGCCAUGCGGCCAAAUCACUCAAGCAAAGGUGGUCAUUGAUUGGCACACUGGUGUGAGCAGGGGAUUCGGAUUUGUCAAAUUUGCUGAUGCUUAUGGUGCUGCUGUGGCUCUCACUCACAUGAACGGUUGCCCGCUGGAGGGGCACAUCUUGGGGGUUAGAAUAGCCGGUGUCCAUCCGAGUGAUAUGGGCAGCUACAUGACGCGUCUCUACUCCCAGUUCACAUUGCCUGACCCCUCGAUGAUGGCGGUUGGAAUACCAACAUCGUCGUACUGGCCGUACUAUUGUGCUGAAUCGGCAUACGCGGAGGGGCAGGGAGGUGAUGCUGCUUCUCAAACAUCUCAGGAGGAAUCUGUAUCGGCCAGUUCAUUUGCUGAGAAGGGUUGUUCUUCUGUGUCAAGCCAUGUCGCCGGCAGUUCUCAGCAACAUUCUUCAGCAGGUUGGGCUGGUCCGCCUGGCUUCAGUCCCCAUGCUGCCCCCAAGAAGGAUACCGUCACCACGAUGAAACCUUCCCAGCCUUGCUCCAAGGUCCAUUUGGCACAGUCAGGAGGCAGCCAGAAAAGACGCUCAAUCGUCUAGCACCGUCUGCUUCUGAUCAUGCUUCAGUGUAUUUUAUAUUGCUUCUGAGAAAAAAACAUAUGCUAACAUAAUUUGGUUUUAGCUAGGUACUUAAGUGUUAGACUUUGAUAGUUGGGCGAGCUGGCUGGUGAAAUUUGCUAUGUGCUAUUACUUCAGUUCAAGUAUCAGUUCAAUUCUGUUUCAGAUAAAGAGAGAGUUUACAGUUUGUUUUUACAUUGUGCUCUUGGCCAGAGAUCUUUGAACAGGAUUCAUGCCAUUGUUACUCAUUUAAAAAAAACUGAUUAUGUUUACAGUUUGCUGUAAUGCAGUUUUAAUUUUUUAA